AUGGCUAAACUGCCGAGUAUAGCAUUAGGCUUCUUGAGUCAGCCAUUCACCCGUCUUUCCCAGCUAUUGUUCUUAGCUGAUUCUGUCUGGGUAAACAAUGGCCAAGUUAUCACCUCAGAGCUCUCCAACUCUAUCCAAGAGACCCUUGAUAUUUGGAACAUCACUGGACUGUCUGUCGCAGUUGUCCCGAGGUACGGCGAACCAGAAUUUCAUUCAUGGGGAAACAUGACGGAGGACGAGGACAAGACAACAGAAGGCACAUUAUUCCACAUGGCGUCUAUAUACAAGGCUUUCUGCGUUAGCGCUCUUGGAAUUUUGAUGGAUGACUAUGAGCAUGGAAGAAACAUCACGCCGCUUCCUCCCGCUCUGUGCGAAUUUAAUUGGCACACCUUAGUACAAUAUAUCCUUCCGGGAGAAUGGCAAUUGGUGGAUGACUGA